GUCGGUAUGUCCACAUGGAGUUUCCCAGCCAUCGUGGCCGCUCGAGCGUGCACUGCAAGUCGAGUCUCGACUCUAACCUAUCUCGCAGCGUUCUCAUAAACCUCCAUGAAGAGAUGAAAUAUUCAUGGCCACAUUCUCUACUCUCUCCGCUAUCUUCUCCCUUGCAGGACUAUGCCUUGUAGUACAAGCCGUCUCUUUACAAGGCGCAAAGAAUGACAUCGGAAACCGCAUAACCGAUCUCUCAACUCGAGUUCGUCGUGAUUCAGGAUAUAGCUUCAGGACUAGGGCUGGUCAAGAGCAGCAGACGGACUUGCUGGAUAUUGUACUGGUUGCUUCGGUCGAUGGGAAGCUGCAUGCGCUCAAUAGGACUUCUGGCGAUGCUCUCUGGUCUAUGUCCUCGAGUUUUAUUGGCGAGGUUCCUGCCACAUUGGGACCUCUUAUACGCACACAACAUCCUCCGAUAGACCCUGACCUUACCGAUGAUAACUCGGCGGACCAGGAAGUGUAUGUGAUUGAGCCACAGUCGGGGGAAAUCUAUGUCAUGUCUGCACCUGAUGCUCCGCUCCAGCGGUUACCCUUCACCAUGCCACAACUUGUGGAUAUGUCCCCCUUCAGUUUCUCUGGAGAAGCGGAUAACAGGGUCUUCGUGGGGAAGAAAGAGACUUCACUAUUACUUAUUGAACUUGAGACGGGGAAAGUGAAGGCAACCCUAGACUCUGAAUGCCCUUGGGACCCCUUUGAGGACUUAGCUGCGGAGACCUCUAUUAUAGAUGAUCUGGAUUUGGACGAAUUGGAAGGUUCAAAGCCAGUCAAAGACAUGUCUAAACCAACAGAAGUGUUCAUUGGCCGUACAGAUUAUCAUAUUUCCAUCCGCACUCGACCUUCAUCAUCGUCACCGAACAGGAUUCCCGUACAGAAAUUGUCGUUCUCCACCUAUGGACCAAAUAACCAGGACAAUGGAUUGCAAGCGUUGUACCGAAGAACUGCAGACGACAUGUACAUCGAACCUAUGCCAAACGGGAAGGUUAUCUCCUUCCGAGCCAAUGUUGGUCCUGCAGAAUCUGACGUUCCGUCGCAUGCCCAACCGCUAUGGGCACAUCCUUUCCCCAGCCCAAUCGUCGCUGUCUUUGAUGUUCUUCGCACGCCAACUCGGGAACAUCCCUUUGUCCUCCUUCAACCCCGACCCCGUCUUGAGGACAUCCUACCAAGCGCCGAACUAACCGCAGCAGCUAAGCAAAACCGUCUUCCCAACCUAGAAUCUGCUUAUGUAGGUCUAGUAGAGGAAACUGGCUCGUUAUAUGCUAUGUCUCCCGACCGGUAUCCACUUGUCAUCUUUGGUGACACCAAUCAACAGGACGACUUCCGUGUAGGAAGGAGUAUCGAUCCUCCACCAGACGUGCAAUGGGAGUUGGACUCAGAUAGGGAUUUACCCGCGGAUAUCGACUCUGUUGCUAAGAGGGCGAAAUUGAGGCAGAUUUGUGCGAAUGGCGGAAGGGACCCUAGGUGUUUGACUGGCAUCAAGCGAUUGGAGUCUUCGAGACUUAGUCGACUUUUGGAUGGCGCCCCAUCGGUUCCCUACCCACCUUACCAUCACUACAACAGUGCGAAUGGUCAUUCGGUUGACGAAGUCGCCGAAAGUAUCUCGACCUCUGUUGGCAACGCCUCAAUCUUCCCUCAUGAUAGUGCCGCAAACCUCCCCGGUUCUAACCCUGCAAGUUACUUAGGCUCAACGACACAAACCUUCUCUAUCUUCGCUAUUUUUUGCUUAACAAUACUCUCUGCACUAGCGUGGCUUGGGCUGAAGAGGCGAUCACCGACUAGAAUCAUACCCAAUGGCACACCCGCUGCUACACCAGCGCAGAACGGACACGCGUCUACAGAGAAAGGGCGCUCAAGUAGCCUCAGCAACGGUGAUACCCCAUCUUCUGCAAACAAUGAUACCAUCGCAAUAUCCACAGCUGUGGAAAUCACACCAUCUAUACCCGUUCCAAUCGACCUCCGCCCCGAGACACCUACCCCACGCAGAGUUGUUUUCUCAGAUACAGCAGAGUCUCCAUUACCUACGCCCAAGCCGUUGCCUGAAGCUGAAGACGCAGGAGAGAACGCUGUGGAAGGAGACGAGAGUGAUGGAGAUGCGCCUGCUACUCCAGGCAGACGGAAGACCCCUAGAAGGAAGAGAGGGAAGAAGAAGAAACCGGGUGCUGUCAAUCUUGUAAAGGACGAAGCUGUUUCGGAGGAGAGGGAAGAAAAGACGCCCGAGCCUAAUGGUGAGGUCGAGAAAGCCGAGGAUGUCGUGCCCGUCGUGUCGCCUUCCGCGAUCGUUGUCUCGCCCCAGAUGCCAAAACCUGUCGCUCCGUCAUUGGUGGUGUCAGAUUCUGUUCUUGGCUUCGGUUCUCACGGUACAGUAGUAUUCAAGGGCUCACUACAAGGCAGAGCCGUCGCAGUGAAGCGAUUAUUGCAGGACUUUGUCACCCUCGCUGCUCGUGAAGUGAACGUACUUCAAGAAUCUGACGACCAUCCGAAUGUCAUCCGGUACUACUACCAAGAACACCACGCCAACUUCCUUUACAUCGCUCUCGAACUCUGUCCUGCGUCCCUCGCAGACGUGAUCGAGCGUCCAGACCAAUUCCGCGAUAUCUCCAAUUCGUUCGACCCCAAACGUGCUCUACGCCAAAUCACUUCAGGGCUUCGACAUUUACAUGCCCUCAAAAUCGUUCAUCGAGACAUAAAGCCUCAGAACAUUCUCAUCUCGCAUGCCAAGAAGGGUGUAGGCGAAAGUGCAGGUCAUCGCAUGCUCAUAUCCGAUUUUGGACUUUGCAAGAAGCUCGAGGUAGAUCAGACCAGCUUCCUACCAACAGCUCAUGGUGCCAUGGCUGCUGGGACGGUUGGCUGGCGUGCACCGGAGAUCUUGCGUGGCGAGGUGAAGCUGGAUGAGUCUGGUGAAGAGUCCAUGUCUUCUCGUGGUAGCAUAGGUGCCGCUUCGGAUGGUAGCACAACCACUUCAGGUCGACCGACGAGGCUAACCAAGGCGGUUGACAUAUUUGCCUUGGGGUGUUUGUUCUAUUAUGUGCUCACGAAUGGCGGACACCCAUUCGGAGACCGGUUUGAGAGGGAAAGCAACAUCAUGAAGAAUGCAAAGCGCUUAGAAGGGCUGGAGAGUUUUGGUGAGGAGGGCUCGGAAGCAGUUGACUUGAUCGAGAAGAUGCUGAAUCCUGACGCGACUCGUCGACCUGACACCGCUACAUGUUUACUUCACCCGUACUUCUGGGAUCCAGGGAAGCGUCUGAACUUCCUGCAAGACGCCUCUGACCGAUUUGAGAUCAUGUGUCGAGAUCCUCGGGAUCCGAACCUCAUCGAGUUGGAGAAAGGUGCCUUUGAAGUGGUUGGUGCGGAUUGGAACGCACGACUGGACAGGUUCUUCAUCGAGAAUUUGGGCAAGUUCAGGAAAUACGACGGCAAGUCGGUUCAGGACCUCCUGCGUGCGCUUCGAAACAAGAAACACCAUUACCAAGACCUUCCGGAUAACGUGAAGCGGCAAGUGGGGCCUAUGCCUGAAGGUUUCCUGUCGUACUUCACUCGUCGCUUUCCUCGUUUGUUCCUGCAUGUUCAUGCUGUCAUUGCUGCAUCUUCGCUACAGAGCGAAUCCAUGUUCCGCACAUACUUCGAGCUCACUGACUAGUAUAAACCACCAUUCAGCACGUAAUCAACUAACUCGCUUUGUACUGCAUUGAUUUUCCAUGGACGGAUUGUGGGAUGUACCUAUCUAUUUAGCUGUAUCUGUAUCAGUAUAUCUAUAUAUCCUGUCUCAUUUUGUUUCCUUAUAAUAAAUUAAACACAAUAACCCGAAGUUUCUUAUCCGUGGCUCUGAAUCACUGGUAUCUCUAAGCGUGUAUACAUCGAAUAUUAAGCUUAAGUAUAAUUGAGACUCUACUGAGAGUCAUAUAUACCACAUAAUAGAUCACGUACGAAAAGCAGAUACAACAACCAAUGCGACGAUCAAGGCGACGCACAAAAGCGUUCCACUGAUGACUGCUGCAACCCUACAAUAAUGGACCCACGGAUCAAUGUAGCCAGCAGUCUUCUGCGAC